UAUAUUUCGCAGUUGGGCUGGCUACAUCUAUAGUUUGCAAAAAGCUCCAUGAUCUGAAUUCUACACGCAGAAGGCGCGCACCCCGCUAACGUGAUCUUAAAAUGGAGUUUGAAAGACGUCAGGCGGAGCAUAUAGCGAAGUUCGUGGAGCAGGCUUCGAGUCUCAAGGGCGCAGAAUUGACUACAGUGAUCGUCGAGGCCACUUCUGAACCCUCCUUGUUUGCUUUCUCGGAGAUACUCGCCGUUCCAAACAUUCUCGAGCUGGAAGGAACUGGGAACAGUUGCUACCUUGAAUUACUUCGCAUCUUUGCAUAUGGUACAUGGAGUGAAUACAAGAAUGUUGGAAGCUGUCUUCCUCAGUUGCAUCCUAAUCAAAUCAUCAAGCUGAAGCAGUUGACCCUACUUACUCUUGCAGAGAAGACUAAGCUAUUGCCCUAUGAUACAUUGAUGCGGGAAUUGGAUCUUUCGAAUGUCCAUGAGUUGGAAGAAUUUCUCAUCUGGAACAGCAUCUAUGUGGGAUUAGUUGAAGGAGUGCUGAAUCAGUUGAAUAGACGCUUUGAGGUGCGAUUUGCAGCAGGCAGGGAUAUGAAACCCGGACCUGGACAAUUGGAUACUAUAAUAGAAAAACUACAAAACUGGAGAUUCGCCUCAGCCAACAUCCUUCUCUCAAUUGAAAAUCAAUUCAAAUGGAUGGAUUCCAUGACUGAGAUGGAGCACAAAACAAAAUUAGAUCAAAUGGGGCAAGAAGAGAGAGAAGAGAAAGAAGAGAGAGAAGAGAAAGAAGAGAAAAGGACACCUCGUGGGCGAAAGAAACUCAAAACUCUGGAGCCCUUGCCUGAUUUUGAUCCUGAUACAGCAAGAGUUGCGAGAAUGAAAAGGAGGCUGAAAAGGAACAUGGACAAGAGAAGGUCCACUACGUGACUCGACCACAAAACCGCUUGCUGCUCUUGGUCCGUUGUACUGACAAAACAGAAUUGCUGCUCCCAAAGCUAACAUGAUUCCUCUGAGUUCAAACAUCAGGCAAUUAUAUACAGUUUUAGCUUGUGUUACCUUACUAUAUUUCCUUUUUGGCCUUGUCAAGAACCUGAAAUUACUUUUGUCAUAAGAGACGAACUGAAGUUUUGAUGAAAAAUCCAUCAGCAUUUUAAUAGAGGCAGUGCGGAAAAAUGACUUUCAUGGCACAUUCAGGUUAGCUUUUGUGAUUUUGAUGCAUUUUUUAAAUGGCACAUAGGGUAAGAACUGCAUUCUAUUUAUCAUUCAUAUAUAAGUUGACGGUUGAGGACGUAUAAGAUAAAAGAAAAAGGGUGACAACACAAGAAAGGGCGACGGAGAUAGUAAUCAUGUGGACUUAAGGAUAUGAAUAGCCUUUUAAGCUGUGUAAGAACGUAUAUUUGUGUGUAUAUUCAUAAGAUUGAUAUUGAACCUGAUAGUGAUUAAGCAAAUAUUGAAUCUUUCGUGUUUAUAUGGUGAAAUAAUAAUUUUUUCGAUAGGAGCUUUCUUACCUAUUCCUAUAGAAGUAGCUUGCAAAUGUAUUCUAUGUUUUAGCUCUGAAAAACAUAAUGAUGUUUUGCAUUCCUGUUGGACAAGCAUAUAGCUGUUACAAAGCUGAGGACAUUGAAGCUGCAUAUGCAGAUCACAUUAUUCUUCUCCUCUACACCUAAUCCAAAUUUAUUCAUACUCAGCUCAUACAUAUAUAUAUAUAUAUAUAUUGUAUAAGCUGCACU